UUAACAGUCAUGGCGGGGAAUGGGCGCGAGGGAUUUACACACAGAAACUAACGUUUAUUUACGGGUUUAUUUGUUUAUUUAUUACUGACUCUAUAUAUAUAUAUAAUUGCACAGAAUGACCCAGGCUGUUGUUAUUCAAGUGGGUCAGUGUGGGAACCAGGUGGGCUGCAGGUUCUGGGAUCUGGCACUCCGAGAACACGCACACGUCAACAAGAGAGGAGUCUAUGACCAGGCACUGAGCAGCUUCUUCAGGAACGUCGACCCCAGGAGGAGUGAUGGAGGUGGAGGAGCUCCUGGAAGCAGGAUCACAGCACUGAAAGCUCGAGCGGUGUUAAUAGACAUGGAGGAGGGUGUUCUCUCUCAGGUCCUCUCUGGUCCCCUAAAGCAGCUCUUCAGCUCCACUCAACUCAUCAGCAACUCCUACGGCUCCGGGAACAACUGGGCAGUGGGACAUCAUACGUAUGGUUGUGUGUACCGUGAGCAGAUUGUGGAUCAGAUCCGGCGAGCAGCAGAACACUGUGACUGUCUGCAGUGUUUCUUCCUUAUUCACUCUAUGGGGGGAGGGACCGGGUCAGGCUUGGGGACGUGUGUGUUACGGCUCCUGGAGGACGAGUUCUCGGAUGUGUGCCGGAUGGUGACAGCGGUUUAUCCGUCUGCUGAAGAUGAUGUCAUCACCUCGCCGUAUAACAGCGUGCUGGCCAUGAAGGAGCUGACUGAGCAUGCUCACUGCGUCCUGCCUGUGGAGAACCAGUCUCUGAUGGACAUCGUGAGUAAGAUCGAGCUGAUGAGUCGCGGCAGCGCGGUGAAGAAGGACUGCAGUGUGAUGUCAGGCAGAGGGGGCGUGGCCUCGUCACAGAAACCGUUUGAUGCCAUGAACAACAUCGUAGCUAACCUGUUACUGAGCAUCACCAGCUCCUCUCGGUUUGAAGGUUCUCUCAACGUGGAUCUGAGUGAGAUCGCCAUGAACCUGGUCCCGUUUCCACGGUUACACUACCUGGUGUCCAGCCUCACACCCCUGUACACACUCGCUGAUGUGAACGUCCCCACACGCAGACUUGAUCAGAUGUUCAGUGAUGCGUUCAGUAAGGAGCACCAGCUGAUGACCUCUGACCCCAGGCGGGCGGUGUACCUGGCGUGUGCGCUCAUGCUCAGGGGGAACGUCCAGGUGUCUGACCUGCGCAGAAACAUUCAGAGACUCAGGCCCACGCUGUCGUUCGUGCCGUGGAAUCAGGAAGGUUGGAAGACCGGAGUGUGUUCAGUUCCUCCUGUAGGCCACGCCCACUCUCUACUGGCUCUGGCCAACAACACGUGUGUGAGAGCGUCGUUCACUGAGCUGAGGGAGCGCUUCACACGCCUGUACCGCAAGAAGGCUCACCUGCACCACUACGUGUGUGUGGACGGGAUGGAGGUGUCGGGGUUCAGCGAGGCUCUACACUCCCUCUCUGACCUCAUAGAGCAGUACGACUCCCUGACCACGCCCACAGACACGCCCACCCACACUGCACCACGCCUGUCCAUCGCCACAUAGGCGUCACUGUGUGUGUGUGUGUGUGUGUGUGUGUGUGUGUGUGUGUGUGUGUUUCUCCAUCUGGACUCCCAGCAUUGAUGUACACACCUUACACAGUGGGACUGAACACACACACACAUACACACACACAUCUGUCUCUCUCUCUCUCUCUCUCACUGCUACUGUCUCGCUCUAUAAGUCUCACCCUCUCCAUGUCUG